AUGGCAUCUUCUCUGGAUCUGAUCAACCAAGCUCCCAGUGGAACCAAGCUAUGGGUCUUGAACCUGGGCACAUUAGAAUGUGACGACGGGUGGUUUAUCCGAGCAGCAAACGCGUCCUCAUCGUCAAACCCAAACCCGACCAACAAACGCCGUAAACUGGUCAUGCUUGGCAUCCUUAUCCAGCACCCAACCGAGGGCCUCAUCCUCUACGAGACCGGCGCGGGGGAAAACUACCCCGAAGACGUCGGUCCACCAAUCCAAGACAUCUUCACCCGAAUCGAUCACGACGCGUCUAAGAAUCUAGACGCGCAAAUUGCCUUGACCGGCCACAGCAUCAAUGAUGUGAAGAUGGUUAUAAUAGGCCACCUUCAUCUCGAUCACUCUGGUGGCUUAGAACAUUUCCAAGGAAGAGACGUACCCGUCUACGUCCACGAACUCGAAAUCAAACACGCCUUUUACAGCGUCGCCACCAAGACAGAUCUAGGGGUCUACCUUCCCCACUACCUCACCUUCGACAUAAACUGGGUCCCCUUCCACGGGUCGUACUACGAGAUCGCCCCUGGAAUCAAUCUACAUCAUGCACCUGGACACACCCCCGGACUGACCAUCAUGCAGGUGAAUUUGAAAGAGAGUGGGACGUGGAUCUUUACGAGUGAUCAGUAUCAUGUCAAGGAGAAUUAUGCGGAUGGCGUGCCGCAGGGGUGGUUGGCGAGAGAUCACGAUGCGUGGGUCAGGAGUCAUCAGAUGAUUAAGGGGUUGCAGAAGAGGACGCAUGCGAAGGUCGUGCUGGGGCAUUGUUGGGAUACGAUUAGGGAGUUGGAUGUCGAGUUUGCGCCUAGGGCUUAUGAGUGA